AUAAAUUUAUCACAUAUAUAUAUAUAGUUUGAACUUUGUCUUAAAUUUGUCAUUUGCUGUAAUUAAUGUUUGUAAAUAUUUACUUUAUUGUUGUGAUAUCAGGCCUGGAGAAGCGAAGGGCUGCCGUUAUCUACUACGAGCCAGAGAGCUGCAAAACUUUUUGAUGCAGUCGUCACGCAGGUAUUAUGUACUAUACACUCUUUCAAGUACUCUUUGUUUCAAAUAUGAAAUUUCACAGCGCUCAUGCAGGCUGGAUAAUUUUACUUUUCGGACAAAUUAAGGCUUCAAACAUUCUCCGGUACAUAAUAGAUUAGAAUAUGUCGUAAGUUAUCAUAUGUCCAUGGAAUUACAGAUAAGGAUUUCUGGCUCAGAGCUAUAGUUCAGACCUAUUGGGCAGAUUUUUAUACACGUGCCGAAUUUAUUAGUGCAAUAUGGUCCCCUGCAGAGGCGUAUAGACAUACGUGGCAAUUGUCGCAUUGAACCGGCUUGGUAAGUAAUAUUAAUGCGUGUUCUGUCAGAAAACGAAAUAUUAAUACAAAAUAUUAGGAAAUUCGAAAACAGAAUCAAAAUUGCAUUUUUAGUCUAAAAGUUAUUGCCGUUUAAAAAUGCUGUAAAGUCCGUUCUGUGCAUCAGUUCUGCUUAUAACAAAGGGGGAUCCGCAGAUAUAAAUAUUGCCCAAAUUUUGCAUUGUAGAGUUUAUAUUCAUUUACAAGCAUAUAGCGAACCAGAAAAGUGUUUCACUGUUAUAGUACUUCAUAUUUAAAAAAUAUAGCAGUUCAAAAUAUAAACAAGACGCUCUAUAGAGCGUUAACUCGCUGGGGCCAUACAAAAUUUUGUCACCAUAUUUGUUCAUAAUUUGGUAACCGCUACAGGAAAAGUGUAAAACAGAACGAUUUACAGAAACAUUUACAACAGAUUGUGGAAGUGGGAAGGUUCUUGUAAUUUGACUGUAACAUACUGUAAAAGGUAGACAUUACCAUGGGCGUACCGGAAGGAAAAAAUUAGGGGGGCGGAAAGAAAAUUGCCCGACUUUUCGGGAUUCUGCCCGACUAGUACCAAAAAAAUUUUUCCGGAAAAAUUAUUUUGGCGACCUCCCCCCCCCCCAAAAAAAAAAUUGACAGAAUUUGUCCCAUUUUUUUUAAUUGCAAACCAAAAUUGCCCGACUGUUGAUCGAAUAUUGCCCGACUGCCCAAAAAACUGGGGGGGCUACCGCCCCCCCCGCCCCCCCGCCCGGUACGCCUAUGGAUAUUACCAGUAAGUUAGAACAGUAAAAUACAGUUUAGAGUGAGACUUUAUUGAGGAGAAAUAGUACAGAAAGAGCUGACAGUUCAGUUAGCAAUACUUGCAGAUACGCAUCGAAGUAUCAUCAUGCAAUAAAAGAAUUACAGAUUUUUCUACAGCAUACAUCGCAUAUUUAGAACAAAAUUCUGAAACAAAUCACUAGGACUAUUUGAAAUUUAAAUAUUCAGUUUGAAUAUGAAUUAUGAGACUUAUGAUUAUAUAAUCACGGAACAAAUCUUGCAUCUGAACAAACCAAAUUUAGCAAGUUCUUUAUUUAAUGCAUGGAUACCAUUUCUGUAAACUUUUAUAAUGUUUAUUUUUUAUGAAGCGUCGAUAGUUCAUAAAUUCAAUUUCAUUGAUUUACCAGUAUUGGUCCAGUAGAGAUGGAGAUGUUCGUUGUAAAGGUAUACCAAUAAUGAGGGACAAUCAAUAUACGUUAAUCUUGUCCUCGAAGAAUUAACAGUCGUAUUUCAAGAAACUUGUGAAAUCGCUCUUUCUUGUUCGUAAUUUCGUGGUUGCUAAUCUUUAUAAAGUUUAUCUUUAUUUGAGUGCUAUCUAUGAGUGUUAUCUUUAGACUUUGACAUAUACCAUGAUCGUUGAGUUUCGGCAAUGCCAAGGGCCAAUGCAGGAAAUUUUAUAGUCUUUUGAUCACUUAACUACACAGCUAUGGCUUUCCAUAUUGCCUCUUGGCGAUAUUUCGGAAAUCAAGUGAUCUCGCUAUUUCGUUGCAAUUCCACAUAUCAUCAAUAAUAAAUUAUUUUAGUCCGAGUAUCAGAAUAUACUUUAAAACUAACAACCGAUCUAGAGAUAUGUAUAUAUAUUCUAGGCUUAUUGCCACAGGGGCGGAUCUAGGAUUUUUCGUACGUUAGUCAAAAAUUUCGUUGCUGAACAUCGAAGGGGGGGUGGGGUUCUUUUAACGGGGGGGGGGGGUCGCAAAGCGAAUUAAUUUGUAUCCAGUUUUACGAAAAAAUGUUACGUGAAAAUGACUGUUUCGCCCAAUUCCGGUCUCGUCAGCAUGCCUAGGAAACACAUAACUCCAUAUUUUGUCCUUAAUUUACAUGAAUGGUCAAAAGAUUUUCAAAUAUAGCGAUGUAGUUUUAUAAAACAUUUGAUUGAUUGUUAAUUCGCAGGAAGAGAAUUUCCACGUUUAAUUCACUGCUUCUCGAGUUUUAUUCAUAGCAGAAACAUGUGCCAUGAAUAAGUAUUCACAAUGGCAACAUGAUGCAUUUUACUUUUAUUGUAUACAUGUUGUAGAGAUCGUAUUACACAAAGCCACAAAGCCAUGCCACAUUGUCAUGUGCUUGUAGUUUUAAUAUACUAGACAACUAGGCAUAAAUAAUACGGUAUUCUUAAGUAUCUGAUCAAUAUAUAAAGCCCACAUUCCACAAGAGGCAUAAACAAAGUAUAAACAAACUGAAACAGCUUGUAUUAAGCCGCAGUAUUAUGUAAAUUGACCGAAAUAUUAUGUAUAAAAUUUCAUCUCUUAUUACGUACAGACGCGCAACCACUAUAGCCUAGAACAGCUAUGAUGCUAUAUCAAGUUAAAAUAGAAUAUAUUUACCUUAAGGCCGUACAAAACUUAUUUCGUUUUCUCUCGAACGUACUUCGCGAUGUAAGAUUCCGCACCAUAAUUUCGCGGUGCGAGGAAGAAGCUUGUGUUGUUCACAGCGCUCAAUAAGUCUUUAGAACGCUUCGAUUAAGAUAUUGUCGAUCAUCUUUCUCUAAAGGAGCCUUUGCGGUUUCGUAAAUACCAACAGACAUGGCUAGUAUUAGUUUAGAACUUCUGAUAAAUAUUCCGAUUGCCAUAAAACGCACAUGCUAUAAAAUCGGCGGGUACGCGUAUAAUAAGAGACGAAAUUUACAUAAUAUUUCAGUCAAUUUACAUAAAUACUGCUGCUAGAUCAGAAAGAUCCAGCAACGUCAUAGACCUUUCCGUGCAUACUAUUAGCCUGAACGGUAUGAUCGAUCAAAAAAAUCCAGCCAACGGGAAUUGAGGAUUUUUUUUGAAUUAGCCAAUAGGAUAGCCUGUAUUCGAGCCCCUGAUCGCUUUAGCGAUCAGAACUCCCCACAGAUCGCGCAAAAAUCUUGAUAGCCAAUCAGAUGGCUGGAAUCUGACUCAGAGUGUGCAAAACUCAUGCGUAAGACCGCUUUUCUGCGCGUUCAUGUUCGAAGGCCUUGCUACUGGAUGAUAUCUUAGAACUGGACUGUUAAACUUUCAAUACAAUACACUGCGCGAAGUUUGAUAACUGGACUGCUAUUUUAAUUUAACAAUUUUCUGCCCAUUUUUUACCUUAGUCGCGUGAUCGCUCUGAUCACCCCUAGAUCCGCCCCUGUAUUGCCACGCCGCCCAGGCGUGCUUUCUUUAGCAAGUCUGUAAGCUAAAAUCUGAUCCAACUUUCUUGAAUUGUAACUUGACACUAGAUAUAGAGUAGAAAGUCACAUCAUGAUAAAUUUUAAUUUUUAAUUGCUGUUCUCUUCACGAUUUCGUGUUGCAAAUUUAAAUUUCAUCACACAAAGUUGCAAUGAUUUUUACAACGCGACAAACACGCUCCUCGUCCACCCUACCCAUAGUACAAUUUUAAUUUAUCACCCAGAAUCUGGGUCACAAGUGACUAGCCGAAACCAGGGUCUUUACUUCGCCUCGCGCCGUUCUAAGAAAGACGCUGGGAACUCGGGGAAUGUUGGGAGAACACUCGAGAAGCAUGUAUAGCACUCGGCUACGCCUCAUGUUUUACACGCUUCUGUCGUAUAUUCUCCCAACAUUCUCCGCGUGCAUUUAUAUCACACCAUAAACAUACGCGACUCGUUUUCUAUUUCUUAAUUAAGUAAUCAUGUUGACAUUGAUUGUUGCAGUAUGUUGGCUGGUACGAUGAUCCUGACGUCAAUGGGAUUGAAUCUUCACUUAAGGAGCUGAUUGAAGCUGAUCCUAAUUUUGGUUUGUCAUUCAUUUUUGUAUACAGUGAUAGAUCGAGAGGUUUUUUUGCCAACCUUGGCGAAAUAAUAUACAUAAUGAUGCAACGUUACCUUUUUCGGGAGACCUAUGACGAACUCAGAGGUGAAAGGUCUAACGACUCGCUCUAACGACUGAGUCAUCGAAGCCCUGCCAUAAACAUAAUGAAACUUGGAUAGGAAUUUUGGCGUGAACAUAGGGAUAUAGUAUCGUUUAUGGUGGCUCCCUACAGUUAUGGUCCAGUUUAAAACAUUUAUAUACAUCAAGCGCCAUCCUCGCGACUCGCGCGUCCAAUCUACGUAUAGCCCGGUUAAAAUCUUGAAACAAGCCGCGGGAAGUUGUUUUUGUAUUUUUAUCUACAAAGGAAACGCCAGUGUUUAUUAUAAUCCCAAACUUUUCAAAAUUCGAACAGUACAUAUGUUGUUAACUAGUUUUUAAAACCAACCUUUCAGUAUGUUUUUUGUAAUUAUUAUGUUCAGUACUGUAUUUCAUAAUGCUCACAAGGUUCAACAACAGUGUCACGGACUGAAAUGAUAUUGUAUACUGUCUUCAAGGCACUCCUGAACUGACACUGAAACUUACGUAAGUCCUGUCAUUCAACUCAGUUCAUGUGUAGUUUUUAAUCUGCUGAAUCCAACAAAACUAUAGCGCAGACACUUUCAGGUUGUUUUGUACGAAACGUCAAGCUCUAUACUUGAAUGUUUUGAAAAGUUUUCACACCGAUUUUCACACCAAAACUAAAUUUAAGAAACGUUGGAUUAAGUGAAUGCCUUAUUGUGUUCCAAAUUUUUUGUAUUUUUCACAUAUGCCUCUUAUUUUCAUUUCGAGUAAGUAAAAAAAUAUAUGUGUGAUACAUACAAGCCAAAAACUCAUAGUGAAAUUACUAAAAAAGCCAACUAUAAACCGUACGCAUUUUGUGUUGCUCACGCAUUAUAGUUUACACGCAUGCGCAAAUAGUGAUCAUGACGUUCGAUAUUUUUGUCACGUCGACAGCUUCUACUGAAUUUAGAACUAUUUUUCUCGCAUUUCCUUCGAGGAAAUUCUUUUUUAACUUUGCACAUUUGCUAAACAUGACGAUCAGUCAAACAUAUCCAAAUUUCAAGAAAUGCUACAGGACGGAUUUUCUGUAGUCGUUAUUCAUGAAGAUCUCAAAACCCGCCUUGUAAAUAUCCUUCAAAUUUUAAUAUAUCGUUCCUCUUUCAACCAUAAAUCCUCAAAAAAUCAGAGAAAUUGACCGAAGAAAGAAAGAUAUUUCCGUUUGAUUGUAAAAUUAGACAAUCAAAAAGUGCAAAAAAUUAAACGUCGUGGUUGCCAUGGCAAUACUAACACUGUUUCUAUUUGUUUAUAUAUCGACAGCAUAAGUGACUUCUGAGCUCUCCUGGAAAUUAUUAUAUUGCCCUGUCUUAAGUGUAUUCAAUAUAAAUUUGGUUGAAAACGAAGGUCACCUAAAAUACUUAAAAUUUUAGAAAACUGUAGGGAGCCACCUUAACACAAAUUGCUGAUCCUGGGUUUUUGCUAUAGUGAUGGGACAUGUGUUGUCAAAUGGUCUGGAACUUAUUGGGACUGGGACAAACAUUUGGAAAGAUAAGAACCUCGAGCAAUCUAUAGAAAAUAUGGUUAAAAUGGUUGAAAAAGAUUCAUCUAUAACUGAUCGAGAGAGAAAACACGCAGCUGCUAUUCAGGCCUGGUCGCAAGGGUAUAAAGUGUUUUAUUUCAGAAUUUGGACCGCUUUUGUUUGGUUUCGUACAAAUUAAGUAGAUAUCGUCAUUUUCAUAUCAAGUAAUAAUAACACUGUAUUGUGGGUGAACAAUUACAGUAAAAGCUCAUGAUCUGGACACUUUGUAAUAUCGUUCAUUGCCCAACUAUCGAAUGAACAGUUUUAUUAUUGGUUUUAUCCAAUUUCAAUGAAAGGAAUAUUUUCAUCAAAGGCUUGCGUCGCACCGCUUGCGUCGUUGUUAUCAUAUGCAGACUUUUGUUGCGGGAAUGAAGUUAUUUUCCGUUUUUGCCGUAAAUUAUUGUGUAUAUGAACAGUUUUUGUAUGAACUCUAAUUUUGGAUCUGAUAUGGUUCAAUCACGGAUCUGAUAUUAAAUUUGAUCCGUCAUCAAUCACCUUCUACUAAAGCAAACCUGUAUUUCCGGUUUAGACGCACGCUAUAAACACGUCGCAAAUAAAAUACCGAAAAUAAAGAUGCAAAUCUGAAGAUCUAGUUUGAAAAUAACACUCUAAAUAGUGUUUUGAAUAUAGCGAUCCCAGCAAGACUAUUACACAGAAGAUACGUUCUAAGGGGCUAUGUACGGAAAAAUGUAUGGCUGGUUUAUAUAUGAUAUGAUAUACGAUUUCAGGCCACAAAUCGAUAUGGACUAAAAAGGUCGAUCUGGACUAAAACUUUCGUUAUGAUUUUGGAGAUAUUGGUUCAUUGAAUAGACCUUAUGCAUAACGACGUCACAAGGCUUGAUGCCCGCGAUGAAUACUGGUCUUAGUAGUCAUCGCCCAGGAAAAUUUCCAUAAUGGCCAUUUUGAAUUGUUUAAUAUACCCGGACGAUGACUACUAAGACCAGCAUUCUUCGCGGACAUCAAGCAUUUUUGCAUCAUUAUGCAUCAGGUCUACUCAAUUUCGAAUUUUCCUGGGCCUACAAACAGAAUGUUGCACAACUCCCAAUGUCUCAAAUGCCUGUGAAGGUGUUUUAGCUAUCCCUUAAUUACAAUAUAGAAAAUUUCUAAGUUCCCAGAAAACUGUCAGUCAAUAAAACAACUUAUAUAUAGGCACAUCUAAAUCAAUUUCGUUUUCCCCCAGAUUUGUUGUAAAAGCUUUGGAUACAUGGGAAGAAAUUCUUACACUGCAUCCUACUGACGUUACUGCGUUGAAGUUUGCACAUGACUCGUAUUUUUACCUCGGAUACCAAGACCAAAUGCGGGAUUCCAUUGCAAGGGUGCUUCCACAUUGGAACGAUACGGUGCCUCUAUAUGGGUAGGGAAUUGCAGUUCGUCACUGUAUAAAUUAUGCAUAUCUCUUAAUAGGGUAUACUCAAUGAAAAUGGGUCUUUUCCACAUCGACUACACUUGCUGUCGAUUGUCAACAAGUAAAAUAUUUGUUGAUAUGCUUUUAUUCAUUAUGUGUAUGAAUAUAAAUUGAAUAACGAAAUCAUUGAAAGCAUCCCUUAACAUAUAGUACAUAACAUAUGUAUCCCGGAGAGGACAACAUGAGGUUUUAGCAUUCGUCGUAAUAAUAAUUAACAAUUAUUCGCUGAAGGCGAGGUGAUUAUCGGGGAAUAUUCGCCGAGACGAAGUCGAGAUGAAUAUUCCCCGAUAAUCACCGAGUCUGGGGCGAUUAAUUGUUUUAGUAUUUUUGUGGGUUUUUUUGGGACUGAAUAUAUAUUAAUUUUGCUUAUUUCUUUAUCAGUAUAACUUACACAAAAUGGGUAGGCGCCAUUUUGAAAAUUUCGGGUUUGUUAUAUUCACCUGUAGGUGAAUAUAACAGCUUAAAACGUCAAAUUUGACCAAUCAACUUGUAGGAUUUGUUAUGUUCACUUGUGCAAAAAUACUAAUUACGUAUUAUAGGCCGUUUACAUUUAACACACUUUGAGGUUGAUCUUAUUGCGGAUCCUUAAACUUCUUGUCGAGUAUCCGCAAGUGUCCACCGUUUAAUAGAUGGUAAAAAUGCCGGGCUACUAGGCAAGAAUUUUGCUUCCUUUUUGAAAUGUGGACCGAUCCGAGGGCACCUAACGAGGUGGUCUAGUGUAGAUCGAACUUGAUUGUCAAAUGGGUCUCGGAUCUGUCUAAAUCACUGGUGUGGACAGCGCCUAAACUUAUUUUCUUGUUGGGCACAAUAAUUGGUUCAGUCCUUUAAGGCCGGUGCACACUAGAGCUAUGUGGUUAGCCAAAUGUCACACGUGCCCAAUGGCGUAAGGACAUAGUUCUCGUGUGCGGGCGAUUUACAAACGACUUUUGUCAUUCGUACCACUAACGGCAAAUAUCUAACAUGUUUGAUAACUUCUUCCUCGCGUGCCAAAAUCUUUCCAUGGGCUGCGAACGAAAAGUUAUCUGCUUACAGAUUGUCGUUACAGCGCAUGCAUAGUAUACGAAAGUAAACGCAUCCAAGAUGGUCUGACCGGUCAGGCCAUUAAAUGAAGAGCGCCCAAAGAUACACUUUAUAUAUUUAUUUUCUCAGGUUUUUACAUGGAAUGUACGCUUUUGGAUUGGUGGAGACAAACUUUUACAAUAAAGCUGAAAAGCAUGCUAGACAGGUGAGCAUGUCUUAAUUAACCAAACUUUUAAGGGCAGUGCAUCUAUAUAAAUCACCGAUUAUAAAAACAUCGGAUAGGAAACUUGCUCACGUCAUUGCCUCAUCCAUUUUGAAAAACGUGACGACACACUUGGGCACGGCAGAAAUGAAAGAUCCGACGAAAACAGAAAGAUUGACAACCUCCUCCCCAGGGUCUUCCUCGUGGCGGCGCGCGAGCUGAAGAAGAUCCUGGUAAAAUACGAUGAAAUUGCCAAGAUUCUUGGAGAUUUAUCACAUGCGCAGUAACGACAACAUUAUGUUGUUGACUACAAUUAGCGCUGGCGCUUACGAUCUUCUUGCUUAAAAAUAUGAAUGUUUUGUUGAUUGUUUAUAUAUUUCGUCUCAAAGUUUUAACAAAUGUUACGAAAAAUAUUUCAGAUAUAAGCUGUGAACACACAUGUACACAAAACUAUUCAACAUUCAUCAUCAUAUUGUAUCAAUUUGACGGAGUAUGGCGCUCAUAUUAAUUGUGACAUUGUUUUGUUCGCUUUGGCAACCCUCGUUUAUAUCAGAUCCUGUUCGGCCUCAGGUUCGGCUUCAAAUGCGACUGAAUAUAAAGCACUGAUAGUGUUGGCUGGAAUAUGAAAUGAUAUUGACUGAUUGUUCUGUAUAUCAAGGCAUGUACUAUACAUUUAUACUGAAUUUAUUCGAUUUAUUUUCACACGAGUCUCGGAAAGCACAUUUUCUAACACAGUUUCACACAUACAGAAAUACUUAAUUUCACACAUGCAGAAAGACUUCUUCAGAAAUCACAGUUUUUAACAUACAGAAAGACUUCAUAUUAUCUCAUCAGUUAAUAAAAUUACGAUAACAGUAGAAAUGCUUAGAAAGAUUUUAUUCUGUUUUCAAUAUACAGUACAACUGUUAUUUCUAUUUUCUCUUUCCUAUAUUUUCUUUAAUUAAAGCAGGUACUACUCUGUUACAAAACAACUAAUAAACAUUGUAUUUUUUUUAACAGGUGAACCAUAUUUUACAUGAUAGUAGUAUAGGGAAGAGGGGUUCUGGACCGGGUGGUGCACUAAGCACCACCCAUGACGUCAUUAGGAUAUCAUAUUGUACUGAUUAUACCCGCUUGUAAUGUAUUUAAAGAGUGUGGACCAAUGAUUACUAGCAUUUUAAGAAAAUUUUACGGUUUAAUACUUUGCUAAUAUUUAUCCCCACAUAUAUUCCUUCUAACAAACUGAGUGGAGUUUAACAUGUUCUCGAUAUAUAUUCUACGAACGUUGUUGUAAUGCUUGUGGGACGUAGAUAUUGUACGCAUGCGCGGUGAGAUUUGUGUAUUACGAAACUUUCUGACUUAAAGGAGUUUGCUAAGAUUCCGGGGGGAAUUCUGCAGAGAAUAUCCCAGUUUAUUCAAAAUUCCCCAAAAUCAUAAAGAAAAUAGAAAUAGAGUAUAAAAGGUGUACUUGAAUUCAUCUUAUUACAAGGUUUUUUAGAUUAUCUUAGAGUGUCCACUACUUUAACACCAUCCAUGGUCUUACCUGGGGAUGUAUUCACCAUGUUUAGAACUGUUAAAAACAAGGAACAAUAAAAAUCUAGACAUACAUAUGAAAAUUUUUAGACAGAACUAAGCAGUUGCUAAGCCCAAGUUAAAAUCGGUGUCAACGCCGUUGUUAUGGUCGAUAUUUGCAUAUUACAGAGUCACUAAAAAGUGAUUAACUCGCCCACCCCGUGUGGAUAUAUAUAAUUUCUUUAUUUCACCCAGCGAGCUUGAGAUAGGAAAAAAAUACUAACACACAGAGAGUUAUUACAGAUGAUAUGCAAGCUAUAUCGAAGUUUUGUCGUUUGCGGCUCUCUAAAACGUAUAACGCCAAAGUCAUUAACAGUCAUUCAUGGAUUACAAGCAAAAUUUCAAUCAAUUAAACUAAUAUUUAAAUCCCGUUCUGCCAUAUGGGGUCUGGGAGAGAAUAUGUUGCUGUCGAGAGUUAUAUAAACACAUGGAAGUUAGAUGUCAUGAUAUAUAAUUGUCAAGCGAUUUCUAUAUUUUAGCGCUAGUUUUUUAAAGUACUAAAGCUCGGAUAAGGUUAAUAAAUUUAAGCUAUAUUAAAGCACACCGGUUGCUAUGUGUUGUUAGGGUGAAACUAAUUAAAGGAUUAACUUUUUAUCAGAGAUUUGCAUUUUCUACUGUGUGGAUAAAUACGGGUAGAUUAGGAUAUUCAUUGCGCGGGCGUCCCGGGUUAUCCGUGCGGGUUGGAAACACAACAAUAAUGAGGUUUAUAUUGGAAGAGAGAAAGCGCUUUGCAGCCAAACGUUUACACAAGAAUUCAAUCUUAAAAUACAUUUAUUUCUUGGAGAGGUUUACAAAGUUAAUGUGGUCUACUUCUUAGAGCAUAAUGUGUUUGAUUUUAUUUAAAUUACGCACAACAAUUUAAAUGUUUUUUUGUAAUAAGAGUCGUUUGGCUUAAUUGUUCAUUCGCCAUGGUUUCUAUGCUCAUAGCCCUACAUCAACCCUACAUCGACCCUACAUCGACCACACAUCGACCCCACAUCGACCUACAUCGACCCUACAUCGACCCCACAUCAACCCUACAUCGACCCCACAUCGAUCCUAAAUUGAACCUUAUCUUCCUCAUCUUUAUCUUCCUUAUCUUUGUCUUUUUAUCUUCCUUAUCUUUGUCUUUUUAUCUUCCUUAUCUUUAUCUUCCUUAUCAUUAUCUUUUUAUCUUCGUUAUCUUUAUCUUCCUUCUCUUUAUCUUUUAAUCUUCUUUAUCCUUAUCUUUAUCUUCCUUAUCUUUAUCUUUUUAUCUUUUUAUCUUCCUUAUCCUUAUCUUUAUCUUCUUAUCUUUAUCUUCUUAUCUUUAUCUUCUUAUCUUUAUCUUCUUAUCUUCCUUAUCCUUAUCUUUAUCUUCCUUAUCGUUAUCUUUAUCUUCCUUAUCAUCAUCGAAUGGCUUUAGGAUUCAAUGAUUCACUCUUAUGAUUCAAUGAUUCACUCUUAUGAUUCAAUGAUUCACUCUUAUGAUUCAAUGAUUCAAUCUUCUGAUUCAAUUAUUCAAUCUUAUACUCCCUAGGCUCGGAGACAGCUCCUUAGGCUCGGAGGUUCACAGAAGCUUCACAGAAGCUUCACAGAAGCUUUACAGAAGCUUUACAGAAGCUUUACAGAAGCUUUACAGAAGCUUUACAGAAGCUUCACAGAAGCUUUGAAGUUUAUGUGA